AUGGGCGGCUACGAUGACCGCGACGACUAUCGCCGCUCUUCCUCCUCGUCUUACCAUAGAUCUCGCACCAGUAAGCAUGAUGCCUCGUCUUCCUCCUCCUCCUACAGAAGCCACGGACAUGCGCCGACCAGACGCCGUUCUCGUUCUCCUUCCUCGCAUGCCCAUACCCAUACCCAUUCCCACUCUUCACGAAGUCACCGUGAUCGCACCACCGAGCCCUCUCUGAACGGCGCUGGCUACGAUCGGCGGUACGAUCCAGAUCAUCAUCGAGAACGGGACAGGCGCGACUACGAUUCUCGUGCUCACGCUCACCGUGAUGACUGGCACUCCCAUAGUGAAGCGCCGAGGCAUGGCAGCCGCAGGCGAUGGGAUGAGGGUGCUCCCACGCACCAGGUAGCUACAGCCACCGUUACCGCUGCAGAAGUAGUGUCAGCGUCAACCAGUGCUUACGACGCCCUUCCAUCCAGACCAGCCGUACCGCCUCCUGGCGCGACCCCAGGACCACCCCCCACCCUCCCAUCCGCACUGCCAACAUCAGCGCCUUCGACCAAUGCGACCUCUUCGGGCGCCGCUCCAGUGUCAGCAGAAGAGCAAGCGAAACUGGCAAAGAAGGCGCGACUCGACGCAUGGCGCAAGGAUCAGGCCGCCAAAAAGGCGCUCGAGGAAGCCAGGCAGCGAGCUCAGUCCAUCGCCAGUGCCGUCGCACCGGCUAUCCAGCGCACACCAGCCUCCACUGCUGCUUCCUCUUCUUCGAAUCCGCAGUCGCUUUCGACUCCCAUCAAUGCAACUGGUCUUCGUACGCUGUCUCUGCGAACGGACCCAUCCAGGACCAGUGCACAAAACCGAUCGCGUACCAUGAUGGAAGACGCGUCCGAACCGUCGACCCGCAUGCAUCUCCACCGCCUUGGUGAUCUGCCUCCUCUCGAUCCAUCUAUCGACGCACCACGCAAAGGCACAUUUGCAGGUGACGACGUCGACGACGAUGAUGAUGCCAAUGCACAACCUGGACCGGCGACACAGACAGGCGCGUCUAACGCUGACAUGGAGGUCAAUGACGACGAAGAAGACCCUUUGGACGCCUUCAUGUCCACUGUCAAGACGCAGGUGGCCCAAGUCAAUGCAGAGGACCGACGCAAGGCAGGUGCAAGUGGUGAGAGCGACCAUACCGAGGCCAAGUCCAAAGCGGUUGUGCUUGGACAGGACGACAGCGACGCAGAAGUCGAUGACCAAGACGACGAGCUCGACGAGCUCGACCGUGUCGGUGUCGCCACCGAGGACCUUCUGGCUCUCGCCGCCAAAAAAAUUAAGAAAAAAGAGCUUGUCACCGUCGAUCACGCCUCCGUGGACUACGAGCCUUUCCGCAAGGACUUCUACAACCCUCCCGGCGAGAUCCAGGACAUGUCCGAGGAGCUCGCCAACCAGAUUCGUCUCGAGAUGGACGCCAUUACUGUGCGCGGCAAGGACUGCCCCAAACCUCUUACCAAAUGGUCGCAUUGCGGACUUCCUGCCAGCUGUCUGGACGUCAUCAAGCGCCUUGGUUAUGCUGCGCCCACGCCCAUCCAGAGCCAAGCCAUCCCAGCCAUUAUGUCGGGUCGGGACAUUAUCGGCGUAGCAAAGACAGGUUCGGGUAAAACUAUGGCCUUCCUGCUGCCCAUGUUCCGACAUAUCAAGGACCAGCGCCCCGUCGAGGUUGCUGAAGGUCCCGUCGGCAUCAUCAUGACGCCCACCCGCGAACUUGCCGUGCAGAUCUAUCGCGAGAUGAGGCCCUUCAUCAAAGCGCUCGGCCUUCGCGCCGCUUGUGUCUAUGGAGGAGCCCCUAUCUCGGAGCAGAUUGCCGAGAUGAAAAAGACCGCCGACAUUGUGGUGGCCACGCCGGGCCGACUCAUCGACCUCUUGACCGCCAACUCAGGGCGCGUCACCAAUCUGCAUCGCGUCACCUACCUCGUGCUGGACGAAGCAGAUCGCAUGUUUGACAUGGGCUUCGAGCCGCAGGUGAUGAAGAUCGUGAAUAACAUUCGCCCAGACCGCCAAACCGUGCUGUUUUCCGCCACUUUCCCCAAACAGAUGGAGUCACUGGCGCGUAAGGUGCUCAAGAACAAGCCGCUCGAGAUCACCGUCGGUGGACGCAGCGUCGUUGCCGCCGAGAUCGAGCAGAUCGUCGAGGUGCGACCCGAAACCACCAAGUUUCACCGUCUUCUGGAGAUCCUCGGCGAGCUAUACAACCGCGAAAAGGAAGCGCGCACGCUCAUCUUUGUCGAUCGUCAAGAGGCAGCUGACGACUUGCUCAAAGACCUCACCCGCAAGGGAUACGUCACCAUGUCGCUGCACGGUGGCAAGGAUCAGGUAGACCGUGAUGAAACGAUUUCUGAUUUCAAGGCGGGCAAUGUGCCCAUCGUGACGGCCACCUCGGUUGCAGCGCGUGGCCUCGACGUCAAGCAACUCAAGCUGGUCAUCAACUAUGAUGUGCCCAACCACAUGGAAGACUAUGUGCACCGUGCCGGACGCACAGGUCGGGCGGGUCAGAAAGGAACGUGCAUCACCUUCAUCACGCCCGAGCAGGAUCGAUACGCACGCGACAUUAUCGCAGCGCUGAAGGCCAGUGCAGCGCACGUCCCCGCAGAGCUCGAGGCGAUGGCAGCCGCAUUCAAGGAGAAGCUCGCAGCAGGCAAGGCAAAAGCAGCCGGAUCUGGUUUCGGAGGCAAGGGUCUAGACCGCCUCGAAACGGACCGCGAAAAGGUGCUCAAGGCCCAAAAGUCGGCGUAUGGCGAAGCAGACGAAGACAGCAAGGCGGCCAAUGCAGGCGAUACGAGCGAAGCCAACGCUAAAGCAAGUGCAACAACGGCCGCCUCGGCGAGCUCAGAUGACCAGCUGAGCAAGGUUCAAGGCAUGAAGAUCGAGAUCAUGCAUGGCGCAGCUCCCGAGUCGGUGCGGGACAAUAAGAUUGUUUCAGUCGGCGAGGAAGCAUCGGCUGCAGCCGCCAAAACUAAAGCGGAUCAGGAACAAGAGAAGAAAGAAGCUGCACAGCUCAAGGCACAAGAAGCGGCGCUCGAAGCUGCCAAAGCGCACGGCGCCGAUACCACCAAGCUGGCCGCCGUGCUGGAAAACAUCCGCAAGCAGGCCAAUGCGCGCAAGGAAGCGGCUCGCAACUCAGACGCGGACAAGCAGAAAGAGCGCAAAGCGCGUGAUCCGGACGCCACCGAUUUCCACGCGAUCGUGCCGAUCAACGACUUCCCGCAGCGAGCGCGCUGGAGGGUGACCAACAAGGAGACGAUGAGCCAUCUGAUCGAAUCGACGGGCGCGUCGAUCACAAACAAGGGCGUGUUCUACAAAGAAGGCACCGAGCCACAGCCAGGUGAGCCGCCCAAGCUGCAACUUUUGAUCGAGUCGAACACCAAGUCGAUGGUGGAGGAUGCGGUGCGAGAGAUCCAGCGUCUGUUGGUCGAAGCGACGCAAGCUGCGCUCGAGGCAGAAGCGAGGAAUCCGGGCACCACAGGCCGAUAUACUGUGGUGUGA